GCACCAUUGCAGCAUGUCUUCUGCCUGUAGCAGUAAGCAUUCUCAGCCUCAGUAUUAGGUGAAACGUUCUCACCGAUGCUGCUCUGCGGUUGUCCAUCGUCUUCGAUUGUUGUGCUGCUGCUACGGUGUUCGCUUCAUCAUAAUGCCGACGAAAUGUGAAAUCAAGUUCGAUAGCAAUCCCAAUGGAGUGUACUUCUCGGGCCAGAUGCUCACCGGGCACGUAGAGCUGCACCUGGACAAUCCGAAGAAGGUCAAAAAUCUCCAAUUAAUCAUAUCGGGUUGCGCAGAAGUUAAAUGGACAAAGAACAAAUUGAGUCGCCGCAACGGAGCAGCAGUACAGCGAUCGAGGAGAUUCAAGAGAGAAACAUACAUGGGAAAGGAGGAAUACAUCGCUACAGAAGUUGCUUUGAUCCCGAGAGCAAAUGAUGACGCCAUCGAAAUACCGGCCGGAACUCAUGAGUACAAAUUUUCGUGCCAAAUUCCUCCGCAUGCUGCCACAUCGUUCGAAGGAGAACAUGGAAGAGUUAGAUAUACGGUCCGAGCAGUGCUCCAUCGACCGUGGAAAUUCGACCAAACUUGCACUAUCGCCUUUACAGUUUUGCAUACAUUGGAUCUCAAUCUGGAACCGGAGAAAGUUGGACAGCCCAAGAAGUUAGAACGUACCAAAAAUUUCUGGUUCUGGCCGUGCGUUUCCGGACCCAUGUACUUUUCUAUCGAUUUGCCAGUGAGUGGAUACGUUUCCGGCCAGAAGAUUCCUAUCACAGUCAAUCUUAACAACGCCAGCAAUGUGCCUAUUCACGGCAUCAGAAGUAAGCUGGUGCGAAAAGUGUGCUUCAUUAGCCAAACACCGACUCGAAAAGCACGAAAUGAAGUUAAAACGAUAGCCAAAAUGGUUACGACUGUGACUAAUGAUAAAUCCGACCAAUACACGCAAGAUUUAGUGGUUCCAGCCACGGCACCUACUGGACAAUGUUCCAUCUUAAUCGUCGAUUAUGAACUUAAGGUGAAAGUCAAACUCGGUGCCUGCCGAGCGGAUCAGGAAAUGACCAUUCCCAUCACCAUUGGUACGGUACCAUUCGGAAUGUCACCGAAAGUGGAUCACAUCAACGCUCCCACUGUUGGGUUCGGCUGGAGCGGUGGAAUGCCUAUGCCGUCCGGGGUUUCGACUCCACUAAUGUCCAUGCCAGAGCAACCAAGGCCCUUGAGCUCACCUCUACCGUAUCCAACUGCUCCAGCUAUUGGAUUUUUACCGCCCAGUUACCAGGAAGCUAUGAACCAGUCAGCGAUUAACGUUAACGACGGAGAACCGAAUGCAAUCGGGUUCCAGGCAUAUAUUCCACGGUAUCCAGUUUAUAAUUUUGGUUCACCACUCAGAAUGUAGAAUUGGUGCUAAAUAUUUAAAAUACUCGCCCGUCACGAAGUUGUUAACCGCUUCCGUAUACGAAGAAGUGACAUUAGAAUUAGAACAAUGUACGCAUUUAUGAACCAUGAACUAUGUAGUCACGAGUAUGUAUAUUUUUUACUCGAAUCGCAAAAGUAAUAAAACAAAGCUAAUAUACUGCAA